AUGCAUCUGGUGUUGUGUGUCGUACUCGUGCUAUUCGGGUGUCCUCUCGGAGAGAUGUUUGUUCUCCAUCCUUCACCUGAGGCAUCUGCUGUGAAAGCCAACAGAGAACUGGAAAUCAGGAAAAUCCUUCUGGAAUCUCUAAACCUCCAGCGGGAGCCUCGUGUGUCCGUGUCGAAGAUGAAUCAUCUGCGUGACCAGUGGAAAGCCACUUUGGAAAGCACCACGCCAUACUCACCAGGAGGUAACUCAACCUUUCCUGAGGACUCCGGAAACUUGACAUGCUGCAAACAUUCCUCGCAGGUUUUCAUUAAAGAUCUGGGCUGGGACCGCUGGGUGGUUUAUCCAGAGAGCAUCACUUUCGUCCAGUGCCGAUCCUGCGGCGUGAACCGCUGCUCUGAGACUGCAGACGCGUCUGCGCAGUGCUGUAAGCCGACCGCUCACGAAAUCCUCCCGUUUCUCUACGUGGAUGAAUGGAGCAGUUUGGUUCUGUCCUCAGUGAGUCUGAUCCGUGAGUGCGGCUGCAAAAACACAGGAUCCUGAGGUCAUGACCCUGUUCUAGAAAGCCUCCCUGACCCGCAGGUCACGCUGACCUGUGUGAUUAUUGGCACAGAGCAAUAGAAACAUGGUGGAGAAGCACAGCUCUUGGGAUUUGUAGGUUUAUGGCUUAGCAAACAUAUUUAGCUUCUUUUGACUUUUGCUGCUGUUGAGAGGUCAGACUUUCAGACUCUUGUGGGCUUUAAGAGUGUGUUUGAAAAUAAUGUGGAAACAUAUAAAGUUCUCAGAAGACAUGAAGUUCUCAAUCUAAGCCUGUUAUUCAACUUUCAUAGAAACGCACAAAGGACCUCCUGUUACAAAUGAAUUCAAGGCCAAAUCUGUUUUUAACUUCAGGUUUUAAUGGGGCUGUAGUCUGGCUUGAUUUCAGUGGCCAGCGAAUGUUCCCUGAAAAAAUGUUGUCGAGCAGUUCUGCCAAAACUUUUCCCUGAGCGAAUCUGAGGACCAAAUAAAAGGUUACAUUCAAAAUGUCCUUCCUUUAAAUCAAGUUAUUAUGUCAAUUAUUCCUCUAAUGUGGCAUUCGGCAUGAUCGUUAGCGUUAACGUGCUUCUGCACUUUGAGAAAC